AUAAGAGAUGCAACAAAACCGCCGGUUAUUUGUAUGCAAUGGGAUCAGUUUCUUUUUAAAGAAGAUCUUUUAAAUGGUGUCGAAGAUUGUCUUACCAUUAACGUUUACACUCCUGGUCUAAAGAGUGAAAAACCUUAUCCAGUAUUGGUACUAAUUCAUGGAGGAGCUUUUAUGUUUGGUAGUGCUGUAGAAAACGGUGUAGAUUAUCUUAUGGAAAAUAGAAAAUUAAUUGUUGUCAAGAUGAACUAUCGAGUAGGAGCUUUAGGUUUUCUCAGCACCGGAGAUGACCAAAUUACUGGAAAUUUCGGUUUAAAAGAUCAACUUUUAGCCUUAGAAUGGACUAAAGCUAAUGUUGGAGCAUUUAAUGGAAACCCAGAAAAAAUCACAGUAUUGGGAUUUUCUGCGGGAGCAGCUUCAGUUCAUUUGCAAAUGAUGAAUAAGAGAUUCGAAAAGUUAGCUACAUCGGCAGUGUCUAUGAGUGGAGCAGCCUUAUCAUAUUGGGUAAUUGAUGCAAAUCCUGCUAAGAAAGCUAUUGCUGUAGCGAAAUAUUUAGAUUGCCCCACUGAAAGAUCUAGCUCUAUUAAAAAGUGUUUAAAGAGUAAAGAUGCAGCAGAUAUAGUUCGUAUAGCAAGAGAAUUCCAAAAGAAUAAUAUAGGAUAUAAUCCUGCACUUGUUUUUGGACCAGUGAUUGAGUCAAAAACUGCUGAGAAUACUUUCCUCACUGAAAAACCAGAAGUUAUUAUCAAAAAUGGAAAAUCAGCUGAGGUUCCUUGGUUGGCAUCAUUCACAAAAGAAGAUGGAGGUUACAAUGCUGCGGAAUAUAUGCAAAAAGAUUCGAAUGGUGUAGAAAUCAUUGAGCAGUUAAAUGAACGUUGGAAUGAACUUGCACCUAUUAAUCUUUAUUUAACGAAUGUUGUUGAGGAGAAAGAGUUGGAGGAAUUUUCAAACAGUAUACGACAAAAAUAUAUGGGAGAUGAGAAAUUUAGUGCUGAAAAUUAUUUUAAAUUUCAAAAACUCUAUACCGAUGUUAUAUUUGGUGAUGGAGUAAAAAAAUCUUGGGCUUUCCACAAGGAAUAUACAAAAUCUCCAGUUUAUGGUUAUAUGUAUGAUAAUCCACCUCCUGUUGGCGUAGGAAAUUUGCUGUCUAAUCGCUCUGAUAUAAAUUUUGGAACCGUACAUGGAGAUGAUUAUUAUUUGAUAUUCAAAUGCCCUGAAUGCGAUAAUGAAUCUUUUCCUGAAAACCAAAAAACUAUGUCGUCAAAUUUUGUUAAAAUGAUUGAAGAAUUCUGUCUCACUGGGAGUCUACAAUUCGGAACUUGUAAAUUUGUGGAAAAUUCUUCAAAAACUAAAGGUUUGCUCGCAAUGCAUAUAACAAACGAUUCAUGCCAAUCGGUUAAUGUGGAUAAAUUACCUUAAGGAUCUAGAUUAAGUUGCUGACUAGGCAGGAGAAAUUUUUAUGUAAAUCGUUCUUUUAAAAAUGAUUUUCAAAUAAAUACAAAUGAUGGAGUGAGAAAAUGAUCAAUAAAAUUUAUUUUUGGUAA